AGAGAACCGCCAUGAAGAGAGAAGGGGGUGCCGCCCACCUCAGCUCCGACAGCCUCCCUGAGUCCCAGCAGCAAGACGGCAACCACGCACCCAACUUCGCCUGCCACAGCCCAUGCCGCUGUCGCCAGCGGCGCCGACAUGACAAGGCGCUGCAUGCCCGCUAGGCCAGGUUUCCCCUCAUCCCCAGCCCCGGGGUCAUCGCCCCCGCGCUGCCAUAUGAGACCUGGUAGUACCACCCCUGCUGCAGCGGGAAAGAGAACAGAGAGUCCUGGGGACAGGAAUCAGUCGAUCAGAGAUUUCUUCAAACCAGCUACAAAACAAGACAGACAUAUGUUGGAUUCGCCACAGAAAUCAAACAUCAAAUAUGGAGGAAGUGGAUUGUCCUUUACUGGGUCAGAGAAGUUUGAAAGGAAGUUACCCUCAACAAAAAAAUCCAAACCCAAAAGGAUGCCAUCAGAGAAGAGCCCUAUUUUACAGGCUUUCAUGAAAGAUGUUAAAGAGCACCAUAAAGAUAAUGGUGUACAUGAAUCACGGCGGCCUUGUGUGUCACUAACUACCAAAUUUUCAAAGGGGGUUACAAAGGUCUAUGUUCCUUCUUCAUAUUGCUUGUCAAAAGAGAUGAAGGCACAAAAGAAAAAACAUCGCUCUCCAGAGAGAAGGAAGUCCAUGUUCAUUCAUGAAAAUAGCAGGAAGCAGAGUGAUAGAAAUCGAGAUAAAACUAAUGCAGAUGCCAAAAAGCAAGCCAGAGUGGCAGAAGCAGACAUCUUCAAGAACAGCUCCAGAAGUCUUAGCAGGAGCAACCUGUCUAGACACCACUCAGGAGAAAGCCCACUUGGAGCUAAGUUUCAGUCAUCAUUAGCGUCUUACCGCAGAGAAAGAGAGCUAAAGAAGAUGAGAAAGGAGCAAAUUAAGCAGAGAAUCAACUCAGAAAAUUCCUUCUCAGAAACAAGCAAUCUUUCCUUAAAGUCUUCUGGUAUAGGAAGAAAAUUUAAAUCAAGGCAGGAACAAAGCAAGCAGAACAGUGUCAUACCGGGAAAAAGUAAUCUUUCAAACCUGGAAAAUGGACAUCUCUCAAGAAAAAGAUCCUCUUCUGAAUCGUGGGAACCUGCUUCAGCAGGCUCUAAGAAUAAAUUUCCUGACAAGAGAAAAAGGAAUUCUGUGAACUCAGAUCUGAAAAGCACAAGGGAAUCUAUAAUACCAAGAGUAAAAGAGCCCCUCCUCGAUAAGCAUCGUGGCGGACCACAUCGGAGAGAGGAGUUUAUAAAACACAUUGCCCUGAAGACACCUGGAGAUGUACUGCGCUUGGAAGAUAUCUCCUCCAAGGAACUGAAUCAUGAAGCUGAUUGCUCCUCUGCAGGCUUGGCUCCUUCACAUUCUAGCCACCAUUGUUCCAGAAAUAGUGACCAGAUCUGUGUGGCAAGUACCAAAGAGACUAAGAUGCAGAAACCCCACUUACCUUUACCUCAGGAAAAAUCUGCAGUUAAAAAAGCUAGCAACCUUCAGAAAAAUAAAACUGCUAGCUCUGUGACAUCAGAGGAGACAAAUCUUCUCCCCUUAUCUUCCCACGUUCCAAGUACUGGUUCCUCUCGGGAACUAUUAAAUGCAAAAAUUUACACUCUUCCAGUCUCUAAAAAAGACAAAGAGCGUUCCUCCUCUAGAGAAUGUUCUGGGCAUGCUACCGAGUCCUCCAAACACAAGGAACACAAAGCAAAGACUAAUAAAGCUGAUUCUAAUAUAUCUUCAGGGAAAGUUUCUGGGGAAUCUUUGCAUUCAGAAUAUGGCACUCCUACCAAGUCUCCUCCGGCUGCUUUGGAAGUUGUGCCAUGUAUCCCAAACUCUACUGCUCCUUCAGAUAAAGAGAGUGCAGGAAAUUCUAAUACAGGUAGCAGUGCACUGAAAAGAAAACUAAGGGGUGAUUUUGAUAGUGAUGAAGAAAGCUUAGCUUACAACCUAGACAGUGAUGAGGAAGAGGAAACAUUAAAAUCACUGGAAGAAAUAAUGGCUUUGAACUUCAGUCAAACUCCUGCAACCACAGGAAAAUCUCCUGCUGUUCCCAAGGGGCUUAGGUCUCAGUCAUCCGAUUAUACAGAACGUGUUCAUAGUGGAACUUACACAAAUACUUUAGAGCGUCUAGUGAAGGAGAUGGAAGACACUCAAAGACUAGAUGAACUACAGAAGCAGCUACAGGAAGAUAUAAGGCAAGGCCGAGGCAUUAGAUCCCCACUCAGAAUUGGAGAUGAAGACAGUACAGAUGAUGAGGAUGGCCUCUUAGAAGAACACAGGGAAUUCUUAAAGAAAUUUUCGGUUACGAUGGAUGCUAUUCCUGAUCAUCAUCCGGGUGAAGAAAUAUUUCAUUUCCUCAAUUCUGGAAAAAUUUUUAAUCAACAUACGCUGGAUUUAAGAGACUCUGGUUUUAUUGGACAAAGUGCUGUUGAAAAGCUUAUUCUUAAAUCAAGAAAAACCGAUCAGAUUUUUUUGACAACACAAGGCUUCCUUACUUCUGCUUAUCACAAUGUCCAGUGUCCUAUACCUGUAUUAAAGUGGCUGUUUCGGAUGAUGUCAGUUCAUACAGACUGUAUUGUGUCUGUGCAAAUUUUAAGUACAUUGAUGGAAAUAACAAUUAGGAAUGAUCUCUUCAAUGAUUCACCAACUUGGCCCUGGAUUCCAUCAUUAUCUGAUAUAGCAGCUGUGUUUUUCAAUAUGGGGAUUGAUUUUAGAUCUUUGUUUCCUCUUGAAAAUCUUCAGCCAGACUUUAACGAAGACAAUCUAGUUUCAGAAACACAGAUGACCUCAGUGGGGAAGGGAACUGAAGAGUCGUCUUAUAAGCCAAUUUUUUCAACUCUUCCUGAAGCCAAUGUUUUAAAUGUGGUUAAGUUUCUAGGCUUGUGUACAUCUAUACAUCCAGAAGGUUAUCAGGAUCAUGAAAUAAUGUUGCUGAUUUUAAUGUUGUUUAAAAUGAGUUUGGAAAAACAGCUGAAACAGAUUCCUCUAGUGGACUUCCAAAGCCUCAUGAUAAAUCUUAUGAAAAACAUCAGAGAUUGGAACACAAAGGUGCCUGAUCUUUGUGUAGCCAUAAAUGAACUCUCCAGUCAUCCCCACAACCUUCUGUGGCUGGUACAGCUCGUUCCUAACUGGACAUCACGUGGAAGGCAACUGAGACAGUGCCUCAGUCUAGUGAUUAUUUCAAAGCUUUUGGAUGAGAAACAUGAAGAUGUCCCUAAUGCCAAUAAUAUGCAGAUAACAGUUCUAUAUCACUAUCUUGUACAAAUGAAGCCUUCUCAUUUACUAAAGAAAAUGGUUUUGAAGAAAAAGACUGAACAACCAAAUGGCACCAUUGAUGAGAGUCUUCAUUUGGAGCUUGAAAAGCAGGCCUAUUAUCUGACCUACGUUCUUCUUCAUUUAGUCGGUGAAGUUAGUUGCUCUCAUUCGUUUUCUUCUGGACAACGGAAACACUUAGUGCGACUCUGUGGGGCUUUGGAAAAGCACGUUAAGUGUGAUAUUAGGGAAGACCCAAAACGUUUUUAUAGAACUAAGGUGAAAGACUUGGUUGCCAGGAUACAUGGAAAAUGGCAAGAAAUAAUCCAGAACUGCCAGCCUACUCAGGGGCAGCUUCAUGACUUCUGGGUACCAGAUUCGUAA